UUUAGUUUUUUUCAUAUUAGUGAAAAUUAUGUCUAUGUAUUUUUUCAACAGUUUUUCAUACAAAUAUUUUUAAUUUUAUUCCAUCAUAUCUAAAAAUAAUCGUCACUUUUAAAUCGUUUAUGAUCGUUAUUCUUCAAACUAUAACUUUAUUUCUUUUUAGUUUGUUAACGUAAGUUUUAAAGUUAAAGAACCGAUUAAUAAGAUGAUUUUAUCGUUAAACUAUAUCGCAAAUAAUCGAGAGAAGCAUGUUCGCGGAACGCUAACGCGAAAAGUUUACCGUAACGGCAGUUGACAUAUUUGUACGAUAAACAGAACCACGUCAUGUCGAGCGAGAGCACUCUGAUAACGCAGGAAUGUAGGCACGAUUAGUCACGCAACAGUAUACAGUGGGAGAGUAGCCGAGUGGCAGAUCGCGGAUUAUUAUCAUCGGAUAUUGCGACGCUGUCGUUUGAUGCAGCGGUAUCGCGUGGCACUUUUCAACAGCUCGUCCGUUCCUGUAUGAUCGAGCAUGAUAACGCAACGUGGUGUCACUUUGAAAGGGGAAACAAAAAUGUUACUGUUUGAUAUCGUCAGACGGGCUAUCGUUUCGAGAGGAAUAAGAUCGAAGAGAGGAAGAACUUAGUGACGAGACACAUACAUACGACGCAAUGUUCGAGAACGUUGUACCCUGUCACCGGCAAAAUUGGAUCGCGCCGACGUCCCAACGAGGAAGCGAAGCAUCGAGACGAAUGUCAUAGUAGAAGACUCUUCGGGUCGGUAGUUCGAAUAAACUUGAAGGAUACUUAUACUGGAUCGUCAUCGAGAGGCAUGAAUUCAUUCAGAGACGGAACGCAGAUUAUGAUCGAAUCACGUAACAUUACGUGGCAUAUGUCACGUGCCACGUUCAACUCGAGAUAGUUUUUCGUGGUGCAAGCCGGAUUAAUUGCGAGUGCGAUCCUCCAGUCAGUAUUUAAUCGCACGCUAAGCCAAGGCGUAAAUUGAAAGCGUCGGGUUCGACGGCGCAGAUUUAAAGCACAGACAUGUCGGGGCGACCUAACGGUCGGCUCGAUGUGGAAUUGCCUGACGCCGGCUUGGUAUAAAACAGCCGGUAAUAAAGAAGAAGUAGCGUGAAGAAGGAGAAGAGGGAACCCUUUGAGCGCAUGGCAGAAGGAGAGAGAGGAGGGGAAGAAGGAGCGAGCGAGAGGCGCAAAAUGGGAGCAACGAGAUAUGUGUUAGGCAGCGCGAUCUUAGGACUUUUUUGGAGCAGCUUACUCAAGGGCGUCCUGACCAACUCCACCAGCAGGUGCGAUUAUCCGCCCUGCUCCUGCGACCACUACGGCAGAUUGACCUGCGAAUGCAAGGAGGAGGGAGAGGAAUUAAUCCUAACCACGGAGGGGGAUAGACGGCUGAGUCCACACACCAGCAGGAUAGCGGUGAGCAACUGCUCGUCGGUGACUCUCGCGAACUCGAGCCUAGUCUCAAUGACCGGGCUACGAUCGGUGGACCUGGUGAACGUGGCGAAUCUAACCCUAGUCAGGCAAAGCUUCGAACUGUCGCCGCAUAGCACGCGCACGAAAAUCUCAGUGCGGAACAGCAACAUCGACGUAAUGCCGAGUUUCGUCUUUCGCGGCGAUGUCGAGGGGAUCACGUUUCAGAACGUACGGAUCGGCCAGCUGAGUGCCUUCUCGUUCGCCAAUCUGAUUCACACGGAAAACCUACGACUGGAGAACUGUCGCGUCGAGACAACGGAGGCGCAAGCCUUUAAGAAGUUCGAAGUCGGAUAUCUGCACGUGAUAGGCGGGACGUUCGGCGAUCAGAUGCCAAGUCGCACCAUGAACGAUAUCGAAGUUUAUUAUAAAUUUAUGUUGGACGGCGUGAAAAUGGGCACCGUAAGGAGCAACGCCUUCAUCGUGAGGAGUCCGCGUACGGUGGCAAUACAGAACUGCGUAAUCGACAACCUGGAGAGCGAGGCUUUCGACGUGACCGCGCAAGGUGCCGUUAUCAUCAAGAAUAACACUUUCGGCAGUAUCAGCGUGGGCGCGUUCCUGGGUAUUCGGGCGGAUCGCGAGAGCAGGCCGCCAGCCUCGUCACCAUCCUUGACACACGACCUCAUUUUCAAGAACAACAGCGUCAGCAACUUCGAAGAGGGUUCGCUGAUGUUUGACCGCACGAGUUUCCGACCCGAGCUCGACAAUAUCGUCAUCUCGCAACCAUGUGAUUGCCAGAUGUUACCCGUGUGGAAGAACUACGUGCUCAACUACACGAACGUCUAUUCGCGGUUCUACGCGAGAGAAAACUCGUUAGUGCCGCCCCAAUCGCAACCGCAGGAACCUAUCAACGAGACCCCGGAAACCUUUCUGUGUUUGGACGGCGGAAUGGAUGGCGCGCCGAUCCGUUUCGUCGACUACGAGGCGCGUCACUGCUCGCUCGGCGGCUCCAUGCUCGUCUUCAUUUUAAUCAUCGUGGGUGCUAUUCUCGCCCUGAUAGUAUGUGUGUGUUUGAUCGUCUGGUGCUGUCGAAGACGCCGACAAAACAAUAGAAAAAAAUGGAUCAGCGUGCCGACCAAUGCACCUGACGUAGUCUCGAAGAAGAACGGCGUAAUUGGCAGGGAAGCCGCGACCUCAGGCACACCAGUCGAUAGCAGGAUAACGAUGGUGGUACCAGACGGCAGACUGUAUCGGGAGACGGAGUUUCAUGUGAUCGUCGAGAAGGCCGAGCCUCUCACGACCGAAUUGUAACGAGACGCCCCGUGCGGCUCGACGAGGAGGCCCACGAUCGUCGCUCCCGUUGAAGAGGAACUCGAGUGGGCGGAAACGUCGAGCCGCUUUAGAGUGUACAAGCUGUGAGAGCUAUGAGAGACGCCGCGCAAUUGGCGCCAGUGAAGAACAGUAAUCGUAAAAACUUGAAUCCGAUGUGUUCGGAGAACGUGAGAAGAGUCCUUCCAAUGAAGAGAGGGAUGUUAAGCGUGUGUUUAAUAUAAACUGCGUUCAAACCGUUGCCGCUUGGGAUAUACUAGAACGCAAAGUAUGUGCAGCCCCGAAAUCGUGGCUCGUUUUUAAUUUAAUCGAUUAUCUCUCCUAGUACAAUGCAGGUCGUAAACUUCCAUUCACAUAUCACGUACGGCCAUCGAUUAUUCAGACUGCGAUUCUUUUCAUUCCUCGGGCCGCUUUUUACCUCAAAGACGGUCACGGCGAUUAAAAGGUUUUUUUUAGAACGAGUCGCGAAUUCGGCUAAUCAGUUGUUGCAGCUAGUUCAGUUUAUCAUUAAACUUUCGAAAAAGCGAGAAGGCGAGAAGGCGAGCCAGAUGUCGUAAAAGAUGUAGACGAAGCGAGAUUCUCGGCGGUUUAGGAAGCAGAAAAGAGAGUGAGGAAAGCAUAACUCGUGUAGAGAAAAUUAAAUUCGCUGUCUUGCGUAAGAUACGCGAUUGGACCGACCUUUCGCACUUCCGUUGCUUUAAGUUCAUCGAUCGAUAGCGAUAGCGCGGUUAUCGACGUAACAUUAGUGAGCGUUUCGAGCGAAAAUCACGGUACGAAAGGACCAAGACAAUGGGAUAACUACUCGCUCGGACAGUUGUGCCAUUCCUGGAGAGACACAAUACGUAAUUCGUGUCAACUCCAUAUAAAUUCUGAUCUCUCGAACACAAGGAGAAAAACGAACGGACGGAGAUGAAAUUCUUCGCUAGGCUUUCAUAUCAAAAUCAUUCCAAACUAUAUCGUUUUUAUAGAGAAGAAGAUUGAUAGCAAUGUAACAAGUCAAAGAACAAAAAUAAACCAGCAAGAUCGAUUUAUUAAGAUAAAACAAAUACUCCACACCUCAUAUCAGUGGCGAAUUUAUAAGUUAAUGGCAUAUACAUCGUUUGAUAAGUUGUGACAGGUAUUUUCAAUUUUUCUUUUCAACUUCAAAGUUUGUUGCUUAAUAAAGAUAAAUAAUAAUUACGUCAAUUAAAAUAAAACACUGCUUGUUCGUUUUAAAACAUGCUGUUUUAUUAAUUUUAUUAAAUAUGAACACUCUUACUUUUUGAACAAUUUUUAAUAAAAAGGACCCUUUAAAUGGAAACGUUAGCUUUAAGCCCUUGAAAAUAUAAAUCCGCCACUGUUUCGUACACGCUUUUGGAAAAAGUGAGAUCCGUCAGACCGUAAAACCAGUGAUUUAAUUUUUAACUAUGUCGUAUACUACAAAUUCGUUAUUACGUUAUGUUAUUAAUGUUUGUGCAUUUAUUUAAAGCAAACUUGCUAUAAAACUUUACAAAUAUACGAUAUACGAAAUUGUUAUUGUUAUUAUAAUUUAUAUUUAAUCUUAAGUAAGUCACGGCAUAAUCAAAACGUUUGUUACACCGAAUUUGCUGUGUGUUUAUGUAACGCUGGAAAAAAUUUUCAGCGAAACAGGUGAUCUUGUAAUACCAAACAAAAAUUACUUUGAAUGUACAUCUCGCCAUAUAGCAAUAUUCUUCGACGCGUUUGAUGCGUAUAAUGAAAACAUUUUAAAGGACUUGAUUAUGAGCGAACGUACUCCUAGAUCAUAAUCGAUGAAAAUAAAUAAACGUUUUCCUCUCCCUUUCCCCUUAAUUAAAAGGAGGCAUACACCGCGAUAUUGAUCUAAUAUUUUGAUAAUCAUAAAAAGGCGUUUCGCCGAUUACGGAAAAAAGAAGUAAAAUAAAGCUUGUCGGAAACUAAUAUAUCGUACGGUUAGAAUUAAUUUAUUGAACAGAAGGCCCAAGCACUCGAAACACUUGAAGACGGAGGUAGGCUACGCUUCGUCUCGAGAGCAUGAAAGAAGAGAAUUGAGUCUCGAAAAACUUUUUGUGCCUCUUAUACUCGAUAACUCGAACUCCGCCAAGGUAGGUUUUAUUAGCAUCCAGCUAAUAAUAUCGGAAAGAUCAGAGUCUAAUACGCCGCGACGUAUGCAAACUAUAUGCGCAGGUAUGUAUGCGUGUAUAUGUGUGUAAUUAUAUCGUUGUGGUGAACAAAAUCAGUUUAUAAUGUCAUAUAUAGUUAUAUUAUCGUGAGACUGUGAUAUAACGACAGCCGACUGUAUAAUUUGUUUCGCAUUGAACGACCGAAAAUACAAUAAAGACGAUACCAAUAACG